GGUACUGGAUGCAAGAAUCCACAACUUGUCGAGACUAGUGGACACUCGACCAUAGACGGCUUCUUUUUCUAUCGUACAACCAUUGUCGUUCAGUUCACCGUCAAAUGUGACAUUCCCUCAAAGGUAACGUAUUUCUGUCGUUUUAGCGUUUUUAUGACGUUAGAUAUUUCUGUGGUUAUUAGUGAUGUUUAUUUCUACCGGGAUUCGUAUCAGAUCAGUUGGAGCAUCAAACAUAAAGAUGCAUAUGGGCGUCGGUACGAGAUACGUGUCUACGACGAUGACGGAUAUACAGAAUUGAAAAAGGGUCUUUCACGGGGUCCGAUGCUGUCCACCGAAACCGUCGUUCUGCUUUUGAUCAUCGCCGUUUAUUCCUUUGCCUACAGAUGGAAAUCAUCUCUGUGA